CAUGGCAUACAUCCAUUUUUUCACACCGGUGUAAGACAGGAAUUAUUUAUUGCAAUUAUUGUACAGGUUUAUCCAAAGUGGUAUUUCACCUUACGUAUGAGGAGAUUUUUAAGCUAUAUAACAUUUUGUGAUGGUUUUAAAUUUCACCAAUGAUCUAAAAAAAAUAUACUACGGUGACAUUUCUUUUAUGUGAAUCUUAUUGAAAUUCGUUUGGAAAAUCACUUAACCGUGUCAGUGUAUAUAUAAAGCGGUCAGAUGCAUAUUUUGCUGUUAGGUGUAUUUAUUACGUUGCAUACAGCAUAUAAAUAUUGGGAUUUAAGUUGACCUAUAGGUCAGAUUUACUAUUAUAUAUACACCUACAUGUAGAGUAUAAAUAAUGAUAGUAUAUAUACAUGUGUAUAGAGAAAUUAAUGUAUGCAAAGUAAUGAAUAUGUCGGGUAUUUUGUAAAUGGUUAUAGCAUAAAUUUCUGACGAACGAAUAUAAUCAAGGUGAAACUUAAAAGUACAUAUUUUCAUCUUUGGAAGGAUUUAAUAGCAUUACAGUCUUGAGAUUUAAACAGAAGUGCAAGUAAACAGAUAUACAUAAAAUGAGACUUUGGUAGUAACAACAAUGGAGCCAUGUUCCGACCAAUUUCCGGAUACAGAUCACUUCUACGCAGAAAUUGACGGCGAUGCAGCGACGAUUGUUAUUCUGGCAAUUUGUUGUCUGUUGGUUGCUGGGUGUAUCGGAAUCUUUAUAGAAGAGCUAGUGUUUCUACAACGUCACUAUUACGGGAAUGAAGUCAAAGUGAUAAAACUGGCAACACUCCUCGGGCUGUACCCUGUAACAAUAAUUACUUCGUUGAUAGCACUACUUGUUCCAUCAAGUACGAUAUUAGUUGACCUUGUAGCAUCAUGUUAUUUGUCUGUUUGUUUCUACACGUUUGUCACCCUGUCUAUAAAUUAUUUCGGCGGAGAAGAGAAGAUGUUGGAGAUACUCGCUAAUGACAAGAUACAGAGGAGUACACCACCUUGUUGUUGCUGCUGUUGUUGUAUCCUCAAACCAGCUAAACUUACCAAGAGUGGUCUUCUGUUUUUCAAACUGUGUUCAUUGCAAGUGUCGGUAGUAAGACCACUGUUACUAUUUAUAGCAGCCGUACUCUGGACAGACGGCAAGUAUACGAAAGGACUUGAUGGUUCAACUAGUUAUCUCUUUAUCACCAUAGUAACGGUCAUCAGCACAAUGUUCUCUAUGUAUGGAACCAUGGUGAUCUUCAGAGCUUCCAAACUCCACCUGAAACAAUUUGAUCUGGCUUUAAAAUAUAUGUCCUUCAAAUUGUUACUCAUUAUAUCAAAUAUGCAAAGCAUUAUAUUUGGUAUUCUUGCCAUAUUUGAUCUUCCUGCAUGUAUUGGAACAAGAGGACCAAAGGUCAGGGGUAGCUAUAUUCAUCAUGGUGUUCUGGUGUUAGAAACAUUUCUACUCGCUCUAUUGGCACGUAAAGCAUACCGCAAAGAUGACAAUGAUAUAAAAGGACCGAUAACGGACGCGGAAGCUGCAGGAUUUGGUCCUGAAGACGUUAUUGUUAAUAAUGGUCUGAGACAAAAUGGUACGAAUACCAUUCAGGAAGUUAGUGUGGCUAGUUCUAAAGAUAUAAGUGGCCACGGGUACCACUCGUAUGAUAACCCUGGAGCUGAGUUUAAUGAUAGCUCUAACGAGGCAUACGACACAGAAACAGAACGAUCCGAACCUGUUGAUCUUAAGGAUAUAGUGACUUGAAGAAGUGACAAAGAGUUUUGUGGACCAAUUACAUGAAACAGCUCGGGACAGAAUGGUUGAUAUUUAGAUAAGGCAGAAGAAGACAAAAAUUGUGUUGUAUUAGUUUGAAUUAUGUUAUUAUGAGUAACUGCCAAUGUCUUUGCCAUUCGCACUGUACCAACCUCCAUACCACACUUCUUUGCUGGAAUUUUAAGAUUUGGCAAUGAAAAGAAUCAUUUGGAGAACGUUAAAUGUUAAACGAAAAAUAUAUUUUUAUAAAAAUGCAAAGCAAACAAUUUAUGCCAAUAAUAACCACUUAUACUACAAUAUUGGUGGUGCUAUAACCACUGUACCUAAACCAUGUGAAUAUUUGUUAUAUCUCUGUAGGGCGGGCCAUAUUGUAUUUUCGUCCUUAUUUAUUUUAUUUUUAUUUUCUUUAAUAUCUCUCCUUUUUUAUUGAAUAGACGGUUUUGCACUGUAUCCCAUUAAACAAAAUGAAAUAUUAAAAUUAUGGAAGAAAUAUUACAUAGCCCGUAUUUUAAUUGGUUUUCUGUCGAAUGCAGAUUAUAGCAUGUCACGUGGUUUAGCACCGUGUAUUAUGUAUAUUCUCUACAAUCGUCUAUUUUUUUCUAUUUACUAUUUUAUUAUCAUUAUGUUUUUGAACAAGAUGUAUUGAAGAAAACGCCGAAGAAAAGCGAGCCUGUUCGCAAAUGCAUUAAAGCGGCCUUCAAUUUUUAUGUUGUUUUUUAAAUAAACCGUUCCAUAUCAUUGUCAAAUCAAAAAAAUUAAGAUAGAAAACGAAAUUUACUUUGGAUAUAAUAUGUAAACAAUCAGAAAACCAUAGAUACCUAAUCCAGUGGUCUUUUUAAACGGUCGAUUCGAGUCCUGAUACUAGUAUUCUAUUUUUAGAAAGAUACGUCACUGGCGUGCUACAAAUAGCUUUCGGGAAAAGCUCAGCAGUCAUAUGAUGUACUUCUCCAAGGUAAAAAUACUGAAAUACUUAAUUUGAAACGGCGCAUAAUUGUUUUUUCCAACAAAAAAAAUAAAAUAAAAGGUAAAGGCCGCUUUAAGAAGUUAUUUUCAAUUGUUGAAGUGAUUACUCGAUAUGCUCAUACAUGUAUAU